AUGAAUGAUGAUACUCUAAAAAGCCCCGAAACUCCUCAGAGAGAAAAGAAAUAUUCGCAAACAUCCCCUUUGCCGCAACCUGAAUCGCAUCUUUUAGCUGGAUUCCUAUUUCCUGAUUUAAGAGCCAUUUAUGCUCUGAAUCUACACGAAAUACCAAGCUUGACUUUCAACGAGGUAACGCUUUUCGGGUUCGAAAUCUAUAUAGUGGAACAAUGGACUCUUGAGCGAAAACACUCCACGAUUAUUACUUCCUACACCGGAAAUUCGCACGAUAUUGUGCACGCAGUCAAAUUUGCACUCCCAGAAUCUCCUCUCCAUUGGCCUCCUGCUUUCAAACAUUACUACGAAGAGCUUAUAACUUAUUCUGCUCCGAAGCUGACUGAAGAUGGUACUUUAUUCGUUAGUACGUCAUCUCAAAUCCCGUCAACUCUCAACCUGCUCCACCUAGAGUGUGGUGAUUUGCGCAAAAUAUGGGACGUCUUUAAGGUCAACAUAGACCUCAAGAGAAUCCAAUGUGGUGGAAGAUCGGCACUUCUCUUAUGCGAGCCUUCUGGUGCAUCUUGCGAAAAAUUCGCACAGUUGUACAAAGUGGCUGCACCAACCAUGGGCUCACAUGAACAAGGAAGUAUACCUUCGACUCAUGCAGUGGUAGAACUUAUCACUUUGGUACAGAUAUCAUUAACUUACUUCGACUUGCUUGAUUCGCAAUACAAAGACGGUAUUCUUUGUAUGUUCACGGAAAAGGCAAUCAAAACUUGGUGGGCCGUAUAUGGAACUCUCUACUUGGGCUGUGAUCGGCCAAGGCAUGAAGGUCCUCUGGGCCCAACUACUGUUGCAGGAUUAAUAAGUCUUGUGCUGACCGUCUUCUUCAAAUUAACAGUUUUAAACUGUAUUUCAUCAAAGGAACCCUUUGAUGAGGAAGCCUUCCAUGGCGGUGUUUACCUCUUUCAAAAAAAAUAUGGUCUUCUGAAAUCUAACGUCAAAACUGUCUCCGUUUUAGAUCCAGUGGUCAUAUCGAAAUUAUUUGAAGUGACACCAAAAGCUUCCAACACAGACAUCUUCAAAAUCAAAAAAGUUGUCAAGUCGACGGUACAAGAUAUUGCUGGAAAAGGUAAUCCCAUGCAAUUGUCAAACGGGAUAUUGACAACAGAUUUAGAUCAUCUAGCUAGAAAUGUCCCUGGAGGCAUUCUAUGUUUUCUAUGGCGAGGCAAAAGCACUAAACAUUCAAACCAGAAAAGAAAGUCAAAACACAAGUUUAGUAACUUUGUUUUCAAUAAAGGAGAUCCGACUGACGAGAUCUUGAAAUCCAACAUUUUAGCAACAAAACUAGAUAACAAUCACUGGGAAGGCUCAGAGGGAAAUCUCGCUCAAGGAAGUGGUAGCUCCGACUAUCGAUUUGAUUCAUUGUCUACAAAAGGUGUAUCACCAAUCAAACAUAAGGAAGACAAUUUGAAAUGCAAUAGGCUCGGCAUUAAGGCCAAAAGAGACGAAAUAGUUUUCCAGGCAGAACUACACAGAAGGUCAUCUAUACCCUACCUCUCUGAGGAUGUGAACUUGACUCAAAUCGACUACGAAAACAUUCCACGUGAAUAUCCGCCUUCUUGUGUUUAUAAGGCUCGCCGCCAUAGCUAUUCCAUUGUUCAAGACGCGAUAGAGCUGUGGGUAUAUCCUUUUGAGCCAUCCAUCGUGCAAGCCGCGCGCAACACCCUCAAAUUGGAGAAAAGCAUGAAGUGGGAAAAUGAUGCUUUCCACGAAGCACAGGAGAUCAAACGCUCAACGACAGCGACUCAAUAUCAACCGCUCCGACAAACAUUUCACCAAAUGCACACUAAACUCGAGGAACUGGAACAGUUACGUGGUUUCUUAGGUAAUAAACACGCAAUUGUGUUGAGCGACAUAUCAGAAUUGGAAUCUCUGGCCUCGAAAUUGAAAUAUGACUUGAGGAGUCUAGAGACCCGCAUGAGAGAUGUAGACGAAAGAGUGACGCAGUUCCGUUCUAAAACAAAUAGUAUGGCAUGGUUCAUGGAGAAUAAUCACGCUAGCCAGUUAAUGACUUCCUCGCUUUACAACAAUCCAAAAAAACUUGAUCGAUAUGCUCGGGAAAUUCUAGAGAAGGCUGACAAGUUCAAAUCAAAAGGCGUUAUUCUAAAUCUUUGGAAGCAUAUCAGAGAUGUGUCGUCACCUUUCUUGACGGAACUUCAUCGACUCUGGACUACUUUACGUAAAAGAAUGAAGCCUCAGAAACUCUCUGGAGAGUAUCAGUCAAAAAUUACCGAUUGA